GGCUAUAACGCGGGCGUAGCAAGAGGCUCAGCAGCUCGCAGGACAACUCGUGGAGGAAGUUGACGAUGAUACUAAACUAUCAGAUACUAUUAGUAGUAUAGAGCCAUCGUCUAAGCGUCUAAUGCUUGAUGAUAGCGACGAGGAUGAUAUGGGAAUGUUAUUCGAAGAUGCUACUGAAGAAGACCUUAGGUUUGAUAGCUUCGAAGCCAUACUCGGGGGUACGCAGGCCAUGCUAGCAAGCGAGCUUAAUGAGACGAUGCCUACCCUGGAUGACCGUCGUGAACUUGCUGAAUACCAGUUCCCGGCAGAGGAUAUCGAGGAUUUAACGCCUGUUGCUAACGAUAUCGAAUCCGAUGAAGAGACCGCUACUAUUAGUAGUUAGACGGUGGCUAACACGGAGACAAGUCAAGUUACCCAAGAAGCUCCUCACCCC